GUUGUGGUCUCGGCUUCACUAUCCAAUGCUUUGCUGAUCACACUGCAGUUGUAUUUGGGAGAAGUUGGCAGCUGGCGGCUCGCAGCGAAAGGCUUUCCCCCCCUCUCUCUCUCUCUCUCUCGCGCGCUCUCUCUCUCUCUCUCUCUGUCUCUCGCUCUCUCCCGGCGCUUGGACAGUGGAAUUAUGAGCAGAGCUGACCCAGUCUACAUCACCCUGUCUUGAAUCUGUUUCUGUAUUCCACACCGCGAGAAAUCAAACCGACCAUGGAGAUUGGAGUCCGCAUACUCUUGGCUUUCCUCAUCCCCCAGGUUGCCCAUGUAGGGGGCCAAGAGGAUGGAGGCCAUGAGGGCUGUGUACCUGGCUUCCAGGUCAAACACUACCAGGUGGCGUACAGUGAAGCUUUCCAGAAAGGCCAGGCACUUAUACAAGUCGAGUUUGACGACUGUGCGGGGAACGAGGACGUGAAGUUUGAGGUGUCGGACCCCAACUUCCUCGUGGACGGAGAUCUGAAUCUGGUUCCUCAGCGGGAUGUCCCGUCCAGCCAGCCUGUCCUGUUCAUCCACGGGCUCAGUGCACAUGCAGAUGACAUGGCACAGGUGGAAAUCACUAGACUGCCGGUUCAGAUGCCACACAUUCUCAGGAAUAUCCUGGGUGUUGGCCAGACGCUGCCAUUCAGAUCUAAGAGAUCCCUGCUGGUCCCUCCUAUGAUCAUAACUGAGAACCAGAGAGCUCCCUUCCCCAGGACCAUUGGCAAGUCUCAUGUGAUUUCAACAGAGAAGUUAGGGAACCAUAUCUUCCGUCUGACAGGCCCCGGUGCUGACCAGGAUCCCAAAGGUCUCUUCACCAUCGAUGCAGACACAGGAGACGUGUCAGUCAGCCGCUCACUGGACCGGGAGGCCAUUGACUCCUACCAGCUGGAAGUGUCAACCACAGACUUCGCUGGGAACCUUGUCGAGGGACCGGCCCUACUAGUGAUCACUGUCAUCGACCAAAAUGAUAACCGGCCCAUCUUCAAAGAGACGCGCUACACAGGAGAGGUGCUCGAGGGAUCCCCUACAGGAACCACGGUGAUGACGAUGACGGCGUUGGACGCAGACGACCCCGCCACGGAUAACGCGGCGUUGCGCUACAACAUCGUCAGGCAGUCGCCGGACAAGCCUUCCCCCAACAUGUUCUACAUCGAUGCAGAAAGAGGCGACAUUGUCACCGUCAUCUCCCACAAGUUGCUUGACAGAGAGACUCUGCCGACCACAACAUACGAGUUAGAGAUUGUGGCCAAGGACAUGGCAGGAAGUGAGGUGGGACUGACAGGAACAGCCACGGCUACCAUUACCAUCACAGACAAGAACGACCAUGCCCCCGAGUUCACACAUCCGCUGUUUGAGGCCUCUGUGUACGAGGGCUCGACAGGUGUGGUGGUGAACCUGACAGUAGACGACAGGGACGACCCAGACACGGGGGCGUGGAGAGCGAUCUACUCUAUAAUUAACGGAGAUCCCACACUGAGCUUUGAGAUCCAAACCAACCCAGACAAUAACGAGGGAAUGCUGUCCGUUGUCAAGCCACUGGACUACGAGGCCCCGGUGGGUCACACGCUACUCAUCAAAGUGGAGAACGAGGAUCCUCUGGUUCCAGAUGUUGGCUAUGGCCCCAGCUCCACUGCCACUGUCCGUGUCACAGUCCUGGACAUCAACGAGGGCCCCGUCUUCUUCCCCAACCCCCUGACAGUCACCAGGAUGGAAAACAUUCCUUUGGGCAGCUUUGUGGCCUCACUCAACGCCACAGAUCCAGAUACAUUACAGAUACAGAGCAUCAGGUAUGCUGUUCUGCGAGACCCAGCAGGCUGGCUGAGUGUGAGCCCAGUCACGGGAACUGUCAACACUUCGGCCUUGCUGGACCGUGAGUCCCCUUACGUCCAUGACAAUAAAUACACAGCUGUCUUCAUCGCCACAGAUAACGGCAGCCCUCCAGCCACAGGUACCGGCUCAUUGGUCAUUCACCUGGAAGACUACAAUGACAACGCCCCCUACGUGGUACCAUCGGUAGCGCGAGUGUGUGAAGACGCCCAUGAUAUGAAUGUGGCCAUAGUUGGGGGGCGUGACAAGGACCUCCCGCCCAACGCUGCACCCUUUAAAAUAGAACUGGGAAAACAGCCCGGCCUGGAUAAAACAUGGAAGGUUACCAGGGUCAACUCCACACACUCCCAAAUCAUGCUUUUGCACAGUCUGAAGAAAGCCAACUACCAGCUCCCGUUGCUCAUCACUGACUCGGGGGUGCCCCCUUUGUCCAACAACACAGAGGUCAAAGUUCAGGUGUGCGUCUGUAAGAAGAACAAGAUGCACUGCAGCUCCGCCCACUCCCACCGCGCCCGUCUUCUCGUGCUGCUCGCGACACUCCUGCUCGCCCUACUCUGUGAUGGUGGUAUUGGCAGUUAAUUCUGCUAGCGGUAACAUAAAGUGACUCAUUCAUAACUCAGGCAACCUCAGGCCUGUAGAUUCUGCCGAAACCUCCCGUAGUCCUUUUUUUGCAACACUGAAAGGCAACGACUUAUCUCCCCCACGCAACCCAGGCUUAGGAGAGAAGAAGUAGAAGAAGAAGACGUAAAAAGAAGAUGAAGAAGAAGCGAGAAGAAGUCUUCUCACCACGUCAAAUCAAACAAGAAAAUACACUGAAUCCCCACUGGCACAAAUGCUGUAUAACACCACUCUGUUUUCCUUUUUUUUUUUUUUAAAUCUCUCUCUUAUCCUCUCACCACUCUCGUCUCCUUCUCUUCAUCUCUGCUUUCCUUUGUGGCAUGUGUCCUUCCCCACUUCAGUCGUCUCUCAUCUCACGGCCUCGUGUUUUCCUGACUAUCUGUCCUCUCCCCUGUACACUUUGUCCAACAUUCUUCUUUUCAUUCUUUUACAGUUUUCAUUCUAUUCUAUUUUGGCUGCACGCCAUCACGCUGGCGGACAAACCGUGGGUGUUAGCAGCGUUCAUGGCAACAUGCCACAUCCGUAGGAGAUACUUGAAACAACAUGUAUAUUGAUAUUGUAACAAAACAAAAGCUAUGAAUCAAUUUCUUAUUGGACCUCACCUUAAACCUCUGGUAUUUUUUGCCCACAGUUCAUCCGAAACCUCUCGCUCCAUCCCCAGUUUCCCCCUUUUCUCCUCCUUCCCUCCUUUUCCCUUCCCAUAGCUACCUCUUUUCCUCCGUUUUCUUUCCUUCCCUCAACCCUCCCCGUGCAUAUGCAGUACAUCAUCCCACUAUCUGUCUGCCUCACCCUUGCCUGUCUCCCCCACUCCUCCCGUCUACCUAUCGACCUCUCUCUGUCUCUCGGCGGGCCAGGGAACACUGCGAAAGGCUGAGCUACCGUCCUGGCUCGGGGGGGAAAGAGCAUUGACUUUUUUUUUUAAUGUUUUCCCUUCUUUUUCCUCGUCCCAGACCGUGUUUGAUCUUGUUUCCCUCUUUAAGCGGAAGAAAACAAAGCCUGCUUCUCUGUCUGCAGUGGUUGUGGUCUUUUAGGAAAAAGGUGGUAGCCAUAAGCCUUCAAAGUCCGAAACUCUGGAGUCGUUUCUUGGAUUUGCUUCUGUUUUUAUUGCAUUAGUUGUCAUGGAGUGGAACACAGUAUAUCUUUAUAGUAACGGUGUAAACCUUAAAAAAAA